AUGGACAAGAGUUGGAUGUCAAGUAGGAAUAGAUUGAGUUCGGAGUAUAGAGAAGGGGUUAAGUCAUUUCUCCAAUUUGCAAUGACAAAUGUUGGCGUAGAUAAUAGAAUUCGUUAUCCGUGUAUGGAUUGCCUAAAUUUUGAACAUCAUACCUUUAAGGAUGUGGAAUAUCAUUUGAUCCAAAAAGGGAUAUCACUUUCAUACAAGACUUGGGUGCACCAUGGGGUAACUGUUUCUGUCAAUCAACCUCGUGUGUGGAAUAAUGACAAUGACAUUGAAGGUGUUGGUGAUGAAGGGACAACCAAUGAAUGCCUUCACAUUGAAGAUGAAUUGUAUGAUAUGUUAGAUGACUGUCACAUGGCGCAUAUUUUUGAUGAUGAUGAAGAGGGUGAGCAGAAUGAUAAUGAGCAAAGAGAAGAUGGACGAAACUUUGAUAAAUUGUUAGAGGAUGCUCGUCGUCCAUUAUACCUUGGCUGUCAGAAGUUUACUUUGUUAUCAUUUGUCGUUAAGAUGCUUCAUAUAAAAGUUUUAAACAAGUGGAGCAAUAAGUCUUUUGACAUGUUGUUAGGCGUAUUGAAAGACCUUUUACCAGAAAGUGAUCAAAAGGUUCCAUGGACCCUUUAUGAAGUGAAGAAAUUUUUACGUGAUUUGGGUUUAGGAUAUGUGCCUAUUCAUGCAUGUAAGUAUGAUUAUGCUCUUUUUUGGAAGGAAAAUGUAAAUUUAGAAAAUUGUUCGAUUUGUAAGGAGCCUAGAUACAAAAUGAAUGAUGGCAAAGGUAAGAAGAUACCUCAUAAAAUUUUGAGAUAUUUUCCGUUGACACCAAGGUUGCAAAGAUUAUACAUGUUGAGAAAAACAGCUGGAGAUAUGCGAUGGCAUAAAGAAAAACGUGUUGAUGAUGGCAUCUUAAGGCAUCCAGCCGAUGGUGAGGCGUGGAAGGAUUUUGAUAGGCAACAUGCUGUGUUUGCCCAAGAACCACGUAAUGUGAGGUUAGGGUUGGCCACCGAUGGUUUCAACCCUAUUCCGAAUGAUGUGUUCCAGCAGGACGAGACCACUGAAAUUUUCCAAAUCAACAUUGCAGAUUCCAUUAGCAACACUUUACGUAGGACUGAUAUUGCACCUGAUAUUAUUCCAAGUCAAGUGGUUCUGCAAUCUAGUACAAGUGUACAUGUAGAGGGUCCAAACAGAGAUGAUUUUAUCUGUGAUGAUAAUGAUCAACAUUCAAAUGAUCCUAGUGAUGAUGAAGAUGAAUUUCAUAGUCAUAGUAACUCGGAUACAGAUGAUGAUAUAGAGCCUUGA